UUCACGAUAAAGUGUAAAUUCAGCAUUGUUAUGAGCUAAAUAAUCUGCUUAAAAUACCUUGUGCACUUUGUUCGUUAGGAAAUAGUGCGAUUCAGGAAAAUAUGACUGAUAUUAGUAACCCAUUUUAUUCGUAUAUAAUUUAGUUACUCGAUUAUUGAAGUGUUUACGUUACGAUUACAAUGGCUGAACUAAAUGACGAAACAAUUGCCUCCGUGCUUCAAGACAAGGAAAAUGUUGAUAGUUUAUUAGACAAAUCUCCAUCUUCAAGUUCCUUUGAUACUUUAUUAGAUAUAUCUCCCCUGAAGUGUGAUAAUCAGAGGAAUAACCUCACUGUGGACGAUGGUUCGAGUAGUGACGAUGGGGCUGUGAAAAGCGUAAGAAAACGGGUCAAGCGCUUUUCCGACAGCGACAGUGAAGUGGAGGCAGAUAAGGAAAAUAUACAGAACAAUUUGACACCAACAAAGAAAGCAAUUAAACCACAUAUUCCUUCAGAAAGCGAAGAUGAUAUGUUUCCGCGAAAAUCAAGAUUACUUGCUAAAGACUCUAGUGAUGAAGAUAUCACGUCAUCUAAGAAUGAAGGUGUGAAAAAUGAGCAAAGUAAGAAGAGGGAUAAAAAAAUUAUUAAAAAUAGGUGUACAUCACCUGAGAAAAGUAAAUCAAAUGGUUCAUCAGAAAGUGAAGAUGAUACACUUCCGCGCAAAUCUAGAUUGGAUUUUAGCGACUCCAGUGAUAACAAUGCCACUAGUAAGAAUAAGAGUACCAGAAAAAGUAAGAAGAAUGAGCUAUCACCCAGGAAAGCUAGUAAAUCAAACAACUCAUCAGAUAGUGAAGAUGAUAUAUUGCCAAGGAAGUCUAGAUUGGUCCCUAAUGCUGACUCUAGUGAUGAUAACUCUAGGAGUUCCAGAAAAACUAACAAUAGCAGUAAGAUGAGAUCACCUGGAAAAUCGAAUGAACUGAAUAACUCAUCGGAUAGUGAAGAUGACAAAAUUCCACGGAAAUCUAGAUUGAUUAGCAAUGAGGACUCUAGUGAUGAUAACAUAAAGAAUGAAAGUGCCCGGAUAAGUGACAAAAGAAGUAAACUGCACAAUAAGUUUAAAGGGCUGCUCAACUCUCGGUCCAAAGGGCCAGAACCUCAGCGUAAAAGCCCUUUAAAAUCAUCAGAGGAGAGAGAUGGCAGUAAUUCUGAUGAUUCGGGGUCUGGGAUAGAAUCUAUCAAGCAGAAAAUAAAGCAGAGGUCUAUGCUCUUAAAGUCUGGCAUUUGCGAUCCUGACACCUCAUCUGAUGAAGAGAGCAGACAAGUCCAGAAACAAAGGAAAAAGAAGCCAAGUCAGAAGUCAACUAUCAUGAUAUCCCCACAAGAAAAGCCAAAACCAGCCAGAAUGUCAGCCAAGCAAGCAAUGGAGAAUAUGCAAAAGAUAAAGAGUGAAUCAAACCGGAUGCUAAGAGAGAAGGAAGUGUCUCUCCCCUACCACAGACCUAAAGCAUUAUCGCUAAAAGACAUAAUGAACAGGAGGAGGCCUGCAUUGUCCGCUGACGGCAAAGCUUUGCCAGUGAAGAUGAACAGUGAUCAGUUGAAGCAAUAUGUUAAAUUAUUGGAGCAAAGAAAUAAAGAAAUGAUGGAGCUAUGUAAGAGUGAAUCUGAAGAAGAGGAAGAAACUAAUGAUACUACAACAGAAGAUAAUAAAGAGCCAGGUCCUCAAGUUAGUGCUCAAGGUGACAAGGUAGCAAGUGAUGAAAACAAUGUACCCCAAAAUGCUAAUAAAUCCGAAGAAAAUACUGUAGAAGAACCUGUCAAUGAAACAGAAGAAACUAAUGAAAAUGAUUUACCAGAUUUGACAGUAGAAAUUGUCCAAAAAGAGCUAGAUUUGUCAAAUGCUAAUAUUGUUGAUAGCGAUUUGUUAAAUACUGACGUAGGUGAUAAAUAUAUGCCAAAUACUGAUGAUGGUAGUAAAAAUAUGUCCAAUAAUGAUAUUUCUGGACAAGAUGAUGAUGUUGAAAUGAAGGAUGACUCCGAAGAAAUUAUUGCAGAGUCUGAACCUAAUACCAAACUGGCAACUGCAAUCGAAAGCCAGUUGAUGGAACUACGGUACGAAACAGAAAAAAUGCAGAAUACUGAAGACAUAGAUAAGGCACAAGAUUUGGAAAAUUCUUCGGCAAAUGGAGCUGGAAGUGGUUCCAGUGAUGAUAAUAACAGAAAAAAAAUUGACGUAGAAUUAGAUACAAAUAAAGCCGCGAACGAAAACUUUAAAGACAAUUCACAUGAUGCUGACUUUGAUGACGAUUUUGAUGAUGUUGAUAUUAAUAUGGAAGACUUGGAAAGUAUUAUUGAUAAUGCAAAAGAUAAUGCAACUGCAGUAGACUCUCCAAUGCUUAUUAGAGAUCCAUAUAAUUUAAAUAAGAAACCAAAACUCACGGGAGCUCCAGGAAUGGUGAUUGAUUUAGAUGGCAGCAAUCCUGUAGUGCCGAGAAAACUAACUGGUGUAGAACUAUUGAAGGAGAGGUUUUCAUACUUUUCAAAAUUGAAAACACCUGAAGAAAAGGAACGAGAAAGGGAAUUAACGAUCAAACCAGGAAUGCAACAUUUAAAACUAAGACAAGAAUUAGAAGAACAAAUAUCUGAACAGAGGUCCCUCGAAUGGGCAAAGAGGUUGGAAGAGGAAAAACAACAGCAUGAAGAAAUGAAUACUCUAAGGGGAGAAGAUUCCGAUGGUGACGAUUUGGAGAAGAUAGAGGCAAAAUUGGAAGAGAAAGAAGAUGUGGUGAAAGAUUCAUCAUCGGAAAGUCAAGAAGAGGAGUUGGAGGAAGACGAUUGUGAUAUGAAAGAUAAACCAAGAAAAAAGAGUGCUAUGAUCGAUGACGAAGCUGAAGUUUCCGAGGACGAGGAAGCAGGAGAACAGGCUAAUGAAGCUGAAGGUAACGUUGAUGAUACAGAGGAUGCAGAUAACGAAGACGAGGAUGAAGAAAGUGAAGAAUCUAGCGACGAAUCUUCUGAUGAAGAAGAGAAUCAAUCAAAAACCAAAAAGGGAAGAAUUUUGAAAGCGUUUGAAGAUUCUGAUGAUGAAAGCAGUAACGUAAACGAUAAUCCCGUUGGUGCUGUUGAUAGCAUCACAGUUAAUCAUGUUGCUAUAGUUAGUCAAAUUGUUAAAGAUUCCCAAGAUGAUGUAAUACCACUAGCUCAAACAAAUCAGUCACAUUCAGAAGAUUUAUUUGGUAGUCAGACAAGCAUUAAUCCAAGUAGUACAAGCGAAGAUACAAAGAAAAAUUCACAUGAAGACUGUGCUGAUAUGACCACUCAAACCUUCUCUAUUUUGAAUACUAAUACACAAGAACCAAGUACUACUGAUAAAGUUUUAAGUGUUCCUACCAACAUUGAUGUUAUUUGUGAGACACAACCCGUGAAUCAGCCAAGUUUAGAUGACGUUGUUGGCAUGUGUUCUGGAAAAUUCACUCAGACGCAAAAUGUAAUACCCGCCGAAUCACAACUGACUGAAUCGCAAUGCCCUAUCGGCGAAGACAUCCUUGCACUGUGUACUGGCAAAUUCUAUGACAAUCAAUUUGUAUCUCAAGAAGAUGGACCUGAAAAAGAUACAACUAAUACUGAGAAAGAACCUAUUAAAAAACAAGAGGAAAAGGAUCUGCUUGAUUCGAUUCUUCAAGAAAUGGAUGAGCCAGUUGAAGAUUCAAAUAGAAAAAAGAUAAUAUUUGAUAAUGGUACUGAAAAUGAAGCAGUUUCCUUUGAUGCUGUAAAUCAUAUGAGAAAGAAGUUCACCAUUGACAGUGAUGAUGAAAGUUAUGUAGAUGCGGAGAAACCAGCUAAGAAGAAGAAAUUGAAGAAAAGGAAACUUGAAAAACGGGCUCUUCAAAUAUCAGAUGACGAAGAUGAAGAAGAACUGUUGCAUUCCGACGAAGGUGAAGAUUUCAUGUCGGAAGUUGAAGAAGAUAAUGGCGUGGAAAGAAUAGUUGAAUAUGAUUCCGAGGAGAAUGAGGCAAAAGUGAAGCCUCAAAAACAAAAGAAGAAUCGUAAGAUGGCGGAAUUCUUCGAGAACGAAGCAGAGCUGACGUCCGAGGAUGAAUGGGUGGGGUCAGGGGACGAGGAUGAGAGAGGCCUCGACAGAAUGGAGCGCGAGGAGGGCGACGAUGACACGUUCCAUCAGGGCCAGCUGCAGAGAGAGCUGGGGCAGAUACACAUGCGUGAUGUAUUGGAUCAAGACAAGCGCGAAGUGCGACUGAUUCAAGAGCUGCUGUUUGAAGACGGUGACUUGGGUGAUGGUGGACGACAGAGGAAAUUUCGGUGGAAGAAUCUAGAUGGCGAGGAGGAGCCUGGUGCCGUGCCCGAGUUGUUCGCUGAAAGUCAGGAAGAGGAAUUCGAAUCUGAAGAGCAGUGGAGAAAGCAGAGGCACGAACGCGAAGUCUUCCUUAGGAACUUGAAAGAGAACGAAACAGAAGAGCACAGCAUCAGUAUAGACCGAAGCACCAUAAUCAAGGCGAACCUCUGCUCCCGCACCAUGUCCAGUCUGGUGAUGGAAGCCAAUGGGCGCGGUGCGAAGGUGGAAACCGUGGCGGUGGAGAAGAAGGUUGUGAGGGAAGAGCCGGCUCGUAACCAGCCGUUAACCGUGUUUCAGCAAAACUACCACGGUUCUCUACUAACGCGAGGCCGGGGCGCGCUAGCGAGGCUAGCGGCGCUGGCGAUGCCUCUAGCCGGCGAGGCCGACGACCAGCCCAAGCCCACCGGCCCCAGUAGUAAGCGGAACUUCGUGUUCGCUGCCGUCACUCCACCUGUCAAGGAGGCUAAGGCGCCGAAGCGUAAAGCAGACAACGUGAACAUCGGGACACCGAGGCUGAUCAAGAAAUUCAAGAGUGACGAAAAGAACGACAAGCUGUUCCCGUACGCUGAGGAGCAUGUCCAGAAGUUCCUCGAGACAGAAUGGGAGAAGGAAGAAGUGAAGGAGGCAGUCGGGGCUCUGAGGAAGCUGGCUCUUGAAGACCAGGAGAACAAAGUCGAUGGUGCAGUGGCUAUUCCUGGAGAGGAUGCGUCAAAGGAGGAGCAGAUUGGCGGCCUCGUCGGCAGCGUGAAAUGGCAGAUGUCGGCGGACCGCAAGGCAGGCCCGCUCAAACAGCUGCAGGGGCUCAUCUGGAAGCAGGGCUACGACAACGGGGACAUCAAGGGACACGUGUACGACGACGUACCAGCCGCCCUAGACCAAUGGCGCUCCACCGACGGCCACAAAGUGUACAUCUACUCUUCCGGCUCCGUGCAGGCGCAGAAACUGCUCUUCGGCCAGUCCCUCGCUGGGGAUCUGCUGCCACGCAUAGAUGGCCACUUUGACACCGCUGUGGGACAUAAGCAGGAGGCAGCUAGUUACACUGCUAUUGCAGAGAAGAUCGGAGCCAAGCCGGAGGAGAUCUUGUUCCUUACUGACAUUAUUGAAGAGGCCACGGCGGCGCUCGGCGCCGGGCUGCAGGCGGCGCUGGUGGCCCGCGCCGGCAACGCGGCCCUGCCCGCCGCGCACUCCCUCCCCGUGCUGCACUCGCUGUCGCAGCUCGCCAGCAACAAGCGGAAGCCCCCGCAGGUUCCCACCGCCUCCGUAUCCUAGCACGCCUUGCAUGCACUUGUAGUUUGUUUACACCACAGGUGAGUUGUUGCUGGUAGUUAGUUGCCCUGACAGUUGUUGCUGCAUUUUAACCCUUUACCAAGCUAAGGCCCACUUG